AUGAAUACUAUCGACCUUCAGGUCCCUCAUGUCAUCUGGUGGAAGGACCCAGCCCUGCGCAAUCUCUACUUGGCGAUGCCGGUUCUUAUGCUAGCUGCAACAAUCAACGGUUACGAUGGUAGCUUGCUGAAUGGACUGCAGACAAUGGACUCAUGGCAAAACUACUUUGGCAACCCUAGCGGGUCAAGGUUGGGACUUUUCACUGCAAUCAUGAAUUUGGGAGGGUUCAGUGCCCUUCCAUUUGCCCCUUACAUUGCCGAUUUCUUCGGUCGGAGAAUUGGAACCGCACUUGGAAUCAUGAUCAUGAUUCUCGGCAUCAUUCUGCAGGUGGCUCCGGGUGUCACCUCGAAUAUGUUCAUAGGAGGACGGUUCCUAGUGGGAUUUGGGUCAAAUAUCUCGAUUGGCGCAGCACCACUUUUGAUCAUGGAGCUUGCGUAUCCGCAGCAUCGAGGUAAACUGACGACCUUAUACAACACGUUGUGGUAUGUCGGUUCCAUUAUUGCUGCGUGGACAGUCUACGGGACUAUCAAAUACUCUGGAAGUGUUGCAUGGAGAGUCCCUGUAGCUCUUCAAGCCCUCAUGCCCUUUAUACAACUGAUCGGCGUCUUCUUUCUUCCUGAGAGUCCUCGGUGGCUAUGCUCCAAAGGCCGUUACACCGAAGCGAUGGCAAUUCUGGUUAAGUACCACGCUAAUGGAAACCCUGACUCUGACUUUGUGCUUGCCGAGUUUGCUGAGAUCCAGGAGACGCUUCGACUGGAGCGGGAAUCUGCGAAACUAGGAUGGGCUAUUUUCCUGAAAACUCCAGGAAACAGACGGCGGUUGCUUUUGAUUGUCCUCACCUCGUUCUUCAGCCAGUGCUCAGGCAACGGACUCGUAUCUUACUACCUGCAUGAUAUUCUGAGUUCUGUGGGCAUCACAAACACGACGGACCAGUCUCUCUUCAAUGGUGGUCUUCAAAUCUGGUCAUGGCUGGUUUCUAUUUGCUUCUCCGUCUGUCUGGUCGAUCGGCUGGGAAGGAAGACCCUUUUCCUUAUUGCAGGUGUGGGGAUGCUGGUAACUUUUAGUAUCUGGACUGGAUGCUCCGCCGCAUACUCUCAAACCGGUAAUACAGGAGCUGGAUCUGCCGUGCUCGCUAUGAUCUUUCUCUUUUACGGCGUUGCCGGAUUUGCCUGGCCUGGACUGACAGUCGGCUAUUCGUCGGAGAUCCUGCCGUAUGGCAUUCGUGCAAAGGGUCUAUCGCUUUGUCUUGGGAUUACUGCCCUCUCUGGAGUCCUGAACCAGUAUGUCAAUCCCAUAGGGCUGGCACACCUGGCUUGGAAGUUCUAUUUUGUAUACAUUGUCAUUCUGGUUAUCGAGGUUUUGUGCAUUUGGUUCCUGUUCGUCGAGACCAAAGGUCCGACCCUAGAGGAGAUUGGACGCCUCUUUGAUGGACACGAGACGCAAUACGUCGAAAGUGAGGAAGAUAAGGCAUAG